AAUUCUUGUUCAAGGUACUGAGUUGCUCACUUCCUGUUUCGCUAGCUUUAUCAGUAUUUCAGCGCCUUGUAACACAAUACUCUCUUGGCAUAUCAAAUGAAAACAGUGAACAGACGUAAGUGGAAGUGUUCUAGUUCGUAAACACAUAAGUGUCUCAAACGUUUGGAGAUUUCUCGUCAUCUUUAAGAUAUUUCAAGCAAGUCAAGCUCACUUGUCUCUAAAAGAUGUGGUACUUUGCUGCAAUAUUGUGUAUUUGCGUUGCAUUAUCAUUAACAGCUGGUAAACCAACUUUGCAAGAGAGUUAUUCCAGCGGAUGUUCAGAAUCUUUGACCAACACUAGUGGAUCAUUCAGUAGCCCUGUAAUCAUCAGUGAACCUAAAUUCUACCCCGACAACACGCAAUGCAAAUGGAGCAUUAAUGUUCCAAAAGACGGAAAUGUUACCAUCUCCUUCACAAAGUUUAACACCGAAGCUUGCUGUGAUCACGUGAAGAUUCUCACUGAUAGCGGCUUCAUGAUUGGUCAAUACAGCGGACCGCGUUUUCCCUUUAAAGUAACCGUCAAGAGUAGCGAAACCAAAAGGGUUGAUAUCAUCUUCAAGUCUGACGAAUCAGUUUACAGAACUGGUUUCCAUGCCAACUAUCACGUGUAUGGCAAACUUGCUCCUACCGCAUCACCAUCAACACCACCUGCCACAAUACUGCCUACCAAGGCUCCACACGUCACACAAGGCGUUGGAGAUUCGUUGAUGGAGGCAUUCUUGAAAAUGACCAGUGCUUUGUCGAGAAUUAUACAGUCUGCUUCAUCCAAAUUGGGAGGAGGUUCUACUGACAAAGAUAAUAUUCUUGCUUUUAAAAGUGACCUUUACCAGGCCAUACAGUCAAUGAAGUCUCUUAGAAGUGUCUCUUCUUCAGCACUUACACACUUCGAGGAAGAACAACUUAAUAUGGUGCUGAAACACCUGAAUACCGCGUCCAAGAAAGCUAUUAAAAAACUCUCAAUUCGACUAUCACCGUCAGCUUGUUUCCUACGAAAGAAGGUUGGUCCUUGUCGUGCUGCCUUUAGACGUUGGUAUUUCGACAGCUCUAAGAAUAGGUGUCGCCCUUUCAUUUACGGUGGCUGCCAGCCCAAUGGAAACAAUUUCUUGAAAAAACAAAGUUGCGAAAGUCUUUGUGGACACAAGAAGCCAGAAUGUCCCGAUGGUUCGCCUUUGUUCAAGUGUUUUGCGAAUCCAUGUGAGGUAAUGUCCUGCCCAGCCUAUCCCAACAACAGGUGCCAGUCAAAUUACUGCGGAGGCUGUAACGCUGAAUUCUAUGACCAGUACAACAAUAGUAUUACGACUCACUGCUCGUGCCCUGAUGGACAACUUGCAAUCCCGCAAUGCGUGGUUGAUCCCUGUCAAUCAUCUCGAUGUCAUUCGCAUCCCCGAGCAAGAUGCAGAACCAGGUCGUGUGGGGGUUGUUUUGCGGAAUUUGUUGAUGAUGAUGGAAAUGUUAUUGAUGACUGUUAAAUAAUAGAAGUUUCAACAAAGUACCAAGUUUGAAUUAUAAAGGGCAUCUAGUUAUAUGCUCGAUACACUAUAGAAUGGUAAAUCACUUGAAUCUUGAACCCUUAACCCUUUUGAAUGCAGCCACAAACGAUUUGUACUUUCGUGAUAUUUUGAAAUGCGUAGAUCUUUUUCUGCAUGAAUUUGAAUGCAAUUUGUACCGAAUUUCUCCUUGCAUGUUUAUCUGCGCAAUAGCUCAUGGUUAGAUAUCUUCUUGUCUUGAUGGAAAUAGUCCACAAUGUGUUAAUGUUACCCCAUAAUGUGCACGUGAUACUACAAUGAUUAUAAUUGACUUUUUGACAUAUUCCAAAGCAAAUAAAAAUGAUACUUUUACCGUUGAAAA